AUGGAUAACAAUCCGUUAACACCACGCGCUAGUAGUUUCAGUAUUGCUUCAUUGAUUACAUCAGAUUGUUGCGAAGAUGAAAAUAUUUUAUAUCAUUCUAUGACAAAUCUAACUGAAUCAAAUUUCAAUUAUAAUAAUUGUUCAAUUGAUAAAUCUACAAACGAUUAUCAACAAGAUUUUCAACAUUGUCAGUCACCAACAUUUAUUGAAACAAAUAACGAACAAUAUCAACAAGAAAUUAAAAAACGAGAUAAUCGAUCAAUGAAUACGAAACAAACAACAAAUCUUCAAAAAAGUUUAACAACAACACGACAUAUGGAAGAUUAUAUUCAAUCGGCAACAGAAAAAAUAAAGUCAACAUUUCAAACUAAUAAUGAUAAUAAUUCAAAUGGAAUUGAUAAUGUAACAAAACCAUUUCAUCCGAAAUUAGCUAAUAUUAAAAUGGUACUUGAAUCAAAAUCUUUAUGGGAUGAAUUUGAUAAACUUGGAACAGAAAUGAUUGUUACACGAUCAGGAAGACGAAUGUUUCCAAUUUUACAAAUAAAAAUUUCUGGUAUGGAUCCAACAACGAAUUAUUUACUUAUGGUUGAUUUUGUACCAUUAGAUGAUAAACGUUAUCGAUAUGCAUUUUAUAGUUCAAGUUGGGUUGUUGCUGGUAAAGCUGAUCCACAUUGUCCAGGUCGUUUUCAUGUUCAUCCUGAUUCACCACAAAUCGGUUCAGCAUGGAUGAAAAAUAUUAUUUCAUUUGAUAAACUUAAAUUAACAAAUAAUUUACUUGAUGAAAAUGGACAUAUUAUUCUUAAUUCAAUGCAUCGUUAUCAACCACGAAUUCAUUGUGUUUAUUCACCAUCAACAAAAACUGAUGAAUUACUUUUACAACAAACACAAACAUUUCGAACAUUUACAUUUUCUGAAACAACAUUUAUUAGUGUUACUGCAUAUCAAAAUCAUCGGAUUACUCAAUUAAAAAUAGCUUCAAAUCCAUUUGCUAAAGGUUUUCGAGAUUCAGAAUCAGAAGAUGGUAUGGUUGAUGCAUUAAAUCAAUUCAGUUCAAAUCAACGUUUACUUCGUUCACAACGAAAAUCACCAAAUACACAACUUAAUACAUUUAACCAAGCUGUUGAUGUUUCUACUCGUUUUAUAACUGAUUCACAAGAUGUUAAUUUUCUUUCACCAACAACUUAUUCAUUAGCUAAUCAAGAUUUAGCAAAUUAUACAGCUGAUGCUUUUGUUUAUUCACAAUUAUCGGAUUUAAGUUAUCGAACAGACCAUUAUCAUACAGCACGGAUGAGUCCCUAUGCACGACAAACAUUUUAUCCAAUGUAUACACAACGGGAAAUUCAUUCACCAUCAUCAUCAUCAUCCUACAAUAGCUGA